ACUCUUAGAGGUAAAUUUCUAUUUUGUUUCAUUUCAUGCCAUUUAAUUCAUCUCACUCGCACUGUUGUUCUCUUCUGUUCUCUCUGCGCCUGAGCUCACUGAACACCCUUGACUUCCCUUUGACCUAAGCAAGUUUUGACAAUGUCUGACAAAGGAGGAAAGGGUGGUUCUCUGUUGAGUAAAGGAGGGCUAAAGGGGAAAGAUGAUAGUGCAACAAAAUCAGCAAAGGCAAGGAAGGUUCAGUUUUCCGAAGGUCUAUUUGAAUCCAGAUCAAACGGUCCAACUUCUGGUGGCAAAGGGGACAAGGUUGCAAAUGGUGGAAAGAGUUCUGCUGCAAAAGACCCACAUCAAUUUGAACAUAGAGUUGAUCAAGAACUACCAGAAAAUUUCAAAUGCUUGAUGGACUGCGAAGCUGCAGUCAUGUUACAAGGAAUCCAAGAUCAAAUGGUUGCGUUAUCAAGAGAUCCAUCUAUCAAAAUGCCCGCAUCAUUUGACAAGGGGCUGUACUAUGCCAAAAGCAGCAGCAGCAGCAAGUAUUCAAAUCCCGAGUCUGUUAGACACACUCUUGAGCCUCUAAUGAAUCAUGAUCUCACCGAGAGCGAGAUAUGUGUGAUUGCUAAUGUAUGCCCAGAAACUGCUGAUGAAGUUUUUGCUCUCCUCCCAUCAUUAAAGAGUAAGAGAGGCAUUAACAGCCAACCUGUUGAAGAAGCGUUGAGCGAGCUUGCCAAGUUUAAACAGAUGAUUUAACUAAAAUCAUAUAAAUGGAAAGGUUCACUGUUUUACCGUUUAGGAGAGCUAGAAGGAAUUGCUCUGGCAAAUGUAGCACAUUCAAAACGCAUUGAGACAAUAUAAUGCAAAACUUUAGUCUGAAUUUUAUAUUGCCGGUUUUAUUUUGUUAGUCUUGUGCUAUUAGGAUGUACAUUGCUCUAAUGUGGAUGUCUAAUGAAUCUUAUAUAUGACAACAAAGGUGAAACUUGGUGACUGUAAGGGAUGAUAUAUCAUCCAUUUUGCAGUUGAAAUUUCUCUCA